CCUGUCCCAGCCCCAUCCCAGUCCCUGUCCCAGCCCCAUCCCAGCCCCAUUCCCGGCCAUGGGCCGCCCCACCGCCGCUGCCACCGCGCUGCUGUGCCAGCUGGGCCUCUCCGCAGCCAUCCAGUGGCUCGGGCUGGCAGACAGCGGGGUGGCCUGGAACGAGAGCCAGCACUGCCGGCUGCUGCUGCCGGAGCAGCUUCAGCUGUGCCGCCGGCACCUGGAGGUGAUGCCCAGCAUCGUCCGGGCUGCCCGCCGGACGCAGGAGCUGUGCCAGCAGAGCUUUGCAGACAUGAGGUGGAACUGCUCCUCCAUCCGGGGCGCCCCCAGCUUCGGCCCGGAGCUGCUCACAGGAACACGGGAAGCCGCCUUCGUGCACGCCCUGGCAGCGGCGGCCGUGGCCCAGGGCAUCGCCCGCUCCUGCUCCUCCGGAGAGCUCCCGCUGUGCUCCUACAUCCCACGGGUGCCCUUGGGAGUCAGUCCCUGGGGUGGUACCAGGAGAGAGCAAACUCAGCUGUUUCCCUGUGCUCUGCAGGUGCUCAGUGACUCCCUGGAUACCAGGUGUAAAUGCCACGGGGUUUCAGGCUCCUGCUCAGUGAAGACCUGCUGGAAAGGGCUGCCAGACCUGGGUGAAAUCGCCUCUGACCUCAAAUCCAGGUACCUGGCAGCCCUCAAGGUGACCCAUCGGCUCGUGGGGCCCAGGAAGCAGCUGAUCCCCAAGGAAGAGGAUGCCAGGCCAGUGACAGAGAUGGAUCUGGUUUAUCUCAUCAACUCUCCUGACUACUGCACCCCAAACCCCCAGCUGGGUUCUCUGGGGACACAGGACAGGCCGUGCAACAGGAGCUCUGCGGGCAGUGACAGCUGUGACCUGCUGUGCUGUGGCCGUGGCUACAACACCUACACGGAGGAGGUGCAGGAGCGCUGCCACUGCCGCUACCGCUGGUGCUGCUCCGUGGUGUGCAGGCGCUGCCGGCGCAGCCUGCACAGACACGUCUGCAAAUAAGGAGGAGAAGCCGUGCUGGCACCCACCAGGCAUGGCUGGACACCAGGAGCCCAUCCCAAGGGAUGCCCCCAGCAAGGAGGAGGCUGUGCAGGAAGCCUGGUCUCUCAUGGAGAGCCUCAGACUGAGAGAUUUUGGGAAGUCCUUUCCAACCCAGACCUCAUGGCAGGACAAAGAGCUGCCCUCCUGCAGCUGGUCAGUGGCCAGCCCUUUGUCUCCAUCUGGGAAAAGCCUUUGAUGAUUCCACAGGCCCCUUUCUCCAGGGAGAAUGGGGACCCUGGGCUGCCAUUGUCCCUUUGCAGGAGGAUUCUGACAGCAGCCUGAAAGCCGGGAGUGAUGGAUGGAAGGGGUAGAGUUAUCCACUGGGAGAAGGCUGCAGGGAUGAAACGCUGCUGCUUCGGGUGAGGGGUCACAGGCAGCUCCUUUGGGAACAGGAUUCUACUGUGGGCUCAUCCAGCAUGCUCCUCCUCAGGGGAAAACACUGCUCCAGGGCCCUUGGCAGCAUCCCAGUGGAGACCAUUUGCAUGGAGAUGCUGCUGCUCUCGUUGAUGGCAGAGACACCAGGGACAGGAGAGCUGCUGGGGGCUGCCAAAACUGGGCAGCCUGGCAAAGCCACCCCUGACCGUGUGUUCACAACCCAGCCAUGGCACCUUCUGUCCCCAUGCCAGGGGUGGGAGCCCAUUCAAUACUGAAAUUCUCAUGGCUUGUCCCUCCUGCCCCUCCUCCUGGCCCACUGAGGACUUCAGCCCAUUCCUUCCACCCAGGUGUGUUGGAAUUCUGGCCUGGAGAGGGGACACAGCUCCAGAGCCUUGGGGAAGCAAGAAAUAACCUUUAAUUUCUGUACUUCCUGUAAGGGGGAUUCUGGUGUGUGUUUUUAAAUAAAUGUUUUUACUCUCUGUGCCUUGUUUUCUAGCACAAUCUUUCCUCCAGGUCCUGGAGAAAGAGGCUGUAAGGAGAACCUUCUGUCCAUAAAGCCCCAUGUCCACACUUUUCCUUUCACACAUCUGAGGACCAGCUCAAUUUCAACUCUUUCUGCUUCUCACUGGCCCAGAUUUGCCUUUAAUUACAGAUCCCUGCCUUCCUCUGCUGCUGUUUUAUCCCCUGGUUCCUCAGGUCUCUGGCUGCCUGGGAUUCAGGGCUGGUGCUGGAAACUGUGGCAGUCCAGGGUUAUUUUCUGAUCCUUGGGAAUGUGGGCUGGCUGAGCCAAGGGUGUGAACAGCAAGGGGUUGGGAGCCAGGGAUGGGGUCUCCCACAUUUCCUUUAGCAGGGAAUCUGGCCAAGAGCUUGGAUGGGAUGAGAUCUCUGCUGCAGCAGCCUUUGGAGGGAAAGGAUGAGUCCAAACAGGUGCUGGAGAGACUCGACAGCAUCAGGAGGACAGGUAAAUGGGAUGGGCAUCCUCGGGUGGAUUCCUGCAGCUCCAGCAUUGCCUGGAGGCUCCAGCAGCUCCGCUUUAUUUUCGGUUCCCAUUGACUGGAGCUGGCCGCGCUCAGCCCGAGCCCAGCUGGACGAUUACUCAUUUCCAUAUCCAUUCCAUCAUUUUUAAUGGUCUCUGCUGGGUCACGGAAUCAAUUCACGAGUUUUUCUCGUAAAACAUCCCCUCGCCUUAAUGUGCUCCAGGUUUCUGUGAGGGCAGGGGAGGAAUCAGAGGUGGCUGGAGAGGAUGCCCGGGCUGGAAGUUGCGCUCGGGGAGUGCCAGGAGGGAGUUAACUCUCGUUAUCAGUUGUUGAUGUGCCAUCGACUGGCUCUGCCUGCUGCCAUCUCCCUUCCAGGAGCGCCUGGAAAACCGCAGCUGCCCAAGGCCAAAAGCUAUCUCGAGUUUUCCUUUUAAAAUGCAAUUAGGGUCAGAGCCCGGCAUUCCUCAGAAGAAGGAGUUUCAGCUGCCAGGCUGCAAAACAGCCGCAGUUUCUGAGUCCGGAGGGCCGCAGGUACUAAAUUAGGAUUGCUUCAAUGCCCUCCCUCCAUCCACCUCCCAGCGCAUCCCAGAUCACAGGGAGGUGACACCGGCAGGGGCUGCGAACUCCGCCUGCAUUGCAAAACCAGCUGGUGAGAGGAAAAAAAACCCGGGAAGGAUCUUGUGGAGUGAGAACUCCAGCCAGGAGGGUGGGAAAUGUGAUUUGCAUUUGGUAACUACAAACACGCAUCGCCUGAGGGAGAGGAGAGGAGCCACAAUGGCAAGGAAUGCCCAGGGGAGCUGUCGGCAGCGCUGCUAGAGAGGUCCCGUUGGAAUUUCUGCCUGGGACGAGGCAGGGUCAAGUGCUGAAUAUGCAGAAUCCACUCCUCCUCUCCCUCCUUGACUCCAAGCCCGGCAGGGAAGAGCUGGAGGGGUCCCCGUGCUGCCGGAAUCCUGCGGGAAACUGGAGGGCGCCGGAAUUAGCUGGAGAGUGCAAAGGGUCAGGCUGGCAGGGGGUGACAGCUCUGUGACAACGCUCCCAGAGGGAGCUGCUGGAAUCCGGGCCCACACCUGGAAUUGGCAGGGAUGUGAGACCUGCAGGGCUGGGAGCAUCCCCCAGGAACCGGGAGCCAGAGGAUGGAUGCAGUGGGAAUGAUCCCCGUGUUUGUCCCCAGGGGUUUUAAGGGAGUAACGUUGGUGUGAACGCGGUUAUUUGUUGCUGGUCAAACUUGUGCAAACAAUAAAGUCUGGAGAAAGGCUAGUGAUUUUCAUGGAUUCUUUUGAUUUUGCUGUUAAAACAUUGAUUUAUUUAUUUUCCCUUUUAUUUCCUUAUUCAUUGAGGGAUGCUGCAUAACUCAUUCCAGGAGGGUAAUACGAGCAAGGGUUGGUAAUUAAACAUUUUGGAGGAAGGAUGGCUCUGUGUUAAGGAUAUGUUGGGACGUUUCUUCUGCACAGCUCCCACUGGAAAGUGGAUCAGGACCUGCACCUGCUUUUCCUUGUGCUGCUCCCAGAGCUGAGCCAGAAGGAGGAGAAAGCCCAGGAUGGGGCUCAGCUGUGGAUGGACAUCUCACAGAAUCAGGGAAUCCUGGAAUGCUGUGGGUUGAAGAGACCUUACAGCUCAUCCAGUUCCACCUCCUGGCAUGAGCAGGGAACCUUCUCCUACCCCAGGAUGCUCCAAGCCCUGUCCAGCCUGCGCUGCUGGGAGUAUUUGGGGGAUGUUGCUGUGACCUUUGGGAUGGUUGGUCCAUGCACCCUCACACCACAAGACACACA